AUGGCAACUAACAGCACUACUCAAACUUCCACAUUCGCAAGCAAUACAUUCGAGUCGACGUAUAAAGCGAAAGACGAACUCUUGAAUGAAAUUCUCAAAUGUGGCAUCUGUCUUUCGCGAAUGUUAGCACCCUGUUGUCUGCCCUGUGCACAUGCCUUUUGUCGUUCAUGUUUAAUCAGUUAUGCGGAAAGUAAUCGUGUAAAUAAUUUCUCGUCCAUGCACUAUAUUCAGUGUCCAUAUUGUAAAUUUCAACUAAAUUACUCUUCAAUCAAACAAUUAGAAACCAUGUUAAUCAUCAAUCCGACAUUGAAACAGUUAUGCGAAGCACUGGAAACAUUGAAGACAACCGGUGAACAGUCGACUGCAAGCUAUCAUGCUCGAUGUCAUUCAUGUUGUACACUUCAAAUGCUUAAAAUUUGUAAACAUUGUUCAUUCAUGCUCUGUGCAGCGUGCCGACGAACGCAUUUGUUGGACGUUCAUCGCGAAAGUAAAAUUCAGUUGGAGACGCUCGACGCUCAUUUACGAUUAGUCAAUGAAAAACGUUCUGAACUGAAUCAAAUCAAUCACAAAUACGAUCAGAUGAGAGAAUUAAUUCAUUCGUAUACGGAAAAAUUGUAUGACACACUAAAACAACAGUGCGAUCAAGCGUUACACAUUCUCGACGAACGACAACAUUCAAAUGAUGAAAUCUUUUGGAAUGACUGCGGUUUUGAUAAUGCCGAGAAAUUGGAUUUCUUUGUAUCAUUACUCGAAAUAGGCAAAAGGAAACUGGCGGCAAAGCACAUCACUGAUCGAGAUCUCAUGGACUUAUCUGAUAACCUGCAAACGAUUCCCGGUGUUGACGAGAACCUUCUGGAGAAAAUGAAUUUUUCUCAAAUGUCGUUGUGCGUGGAUGAAACAUGUCUAACGAAACAAUUUAUUCGUAUCAGCGACAAGAAUGAUUCGUCAAUGAUGAAAAAUAUCGACGAAAAAUCGAGUCAGAUUUAUUUGCCUCCAGGAGCAAUUAUUGUUGUCAUGCACAAAAGCACACACACACACACAUACAGUAAAGCAAAAGAGAAGAAGUGGAGUUUUUAUUGCACUGUGAAAAUUGUUCAUCUGGAUAAUCGUAUAAGCACUCGACGGCCGACCGAUGAUGUAGCCAAUGCUAAUGCUGGUAUGAAUAUCUUCACUAAACCAGUAACGAAAACUGUACAAUUAAAAGCGGAGAAUUUUGAGUUGUUCAAUCACAACGAACGUUUAACUGAGGAGAAUGGUUCGCUAGGUGCUGGAUUAAAUAAAUUACAGAAUAAACAUGAUAAACUAAUGUACUUGGCACGCAAUCGUCUCAGUGAAGUACGAAGCAAAUAUCAAAAACUCGAACAAGAUAAUCAAUCAUUGAGAGAACAAUUAGAACGCUUACGACGAGCCGAUGAACAAAUGAAGAAACUUGCUGAAGAUCAUCAACAGACUGAGGAUCGUUAUAAGACAAAUGAACGCGAAUUGCGUACAAUGAUCGAGAAAUUAAAACGUGACAAUGAUGAUUUAAAGACGAAAUAUUCCGUUGGCGAACUUCAUUCAUUAAAAGAAAACUAUCAGACGACGAAACAAGCUCUGGAACAGGCUAAACGUGAGAUCUUUUCGAUGAAGGAUGAAAUUCAUAAAGCCAGUUUCGAACGCGAUACACUCCAACGCGAAGUUGGAUAUUUAAACGAAAAAAUCAAUGAUCUUAAUGCCGGAAAGAAAAAAGCUGAUGUGAAAGUCGAGCAGCUAUCUGAACAAGUUGAGAAAUUACAAACACACUUGAAACGUUCCGAAGGUAACUGUCAACUAUUACAUGAACGAUUGACAGCAGUGAAAAAGGAACGUGAUACAAUCGAGGCUGACAGUCGAACGAAGAUUGGAACAUUGAGUCAAAAUUUGAAAGAAUUACAAACAUCAUCGAAAACACUAAUGGAACAAUUCCGUGUGCAAACAAAACAGUGUGAACAUUUAGAUGUCGAAAAUAAACAAUUGACCGAAUACGUCAAUGGCUAUCGCAAGGAAAAUGAUAUUCUCGCUAAACAACUCGUUGCUCUCAAUGCGAAACUCAAGCAGUUGAUGUUGGAAAUUGAAACAUUCAAAUCUUCCGAUGCAUCAGUGAAAAACGAAGAAGCCCUUCGUAUGCAGAACGCUCUGAUGAGUUUGACUGAUCAACUGACACAAUUACGAAAACUGCAUGCGAAUACACUUGCAGAAAAUCGACAGACCAAAGAACUGCUAAUCGAAAAAGAUUCCGUUUUAACGAACUUAGGCUACGAACGUCAUCAACUGCAAGACAAAGUCGUCAAAAACGAACAUACUAUCCGGCAAAUGGAACGCAAAUUAGCUGGGCGGGACGGGCCUACCAAACCAUUGUUACCACCGCCGCCAUUGUCGAAUGUAACAUUGGCGAAACAACCAUCUCCGACAACAAUAACUAAUCCAUCAUCAUCGAAAACAACGACUUUGAUAACAAACUCGUUUUCGAAUGUUGUCAUUCCAACCUGA